CCAAGACCUAGUACAGUUCAGUUCCUCCACUGCUCCUGUCCCUCCAGUUACUCCACUGCUCCUGUCCCUCCAGUUACUCCACUGCUCCUGUCCCUCCAGUUACUCCACUGCUCCUGUCCUUCCAGUUACUCCACUGCUCCUGUCCCUCCAGUUACUCCACUGCUCCUGUCCCUCCAGUUACUCCAGCCCGAUUGGAUCUUCGAUUAUAGUUCUUUCUUACUGCUUAGCCUUAGCCGCGGCAAGCAUUCAUCUUUACUUAGUUGACAGUCGGAGCACAGUGACUGACUGUAUUUGUAAGGUUAGGAGGGGAAUGCGUUGCUUAUGACCGUGAUGACAGCCAGCAAAGUGUCCGGCGGAAACCUGCCCAACAUGAGCGGUGUUCCUUCAAUCGUGCUUGUCGGGAAGUGGCCGAUUGUAUCGAUGCUCGGCGCUGUACUGGUCCUGAAGGCGUUAGGUGCCAUGGCGACUACGACUACGAGUCUAGGCAAACCAUUGCAAACUAAAAUAGCACAACCAAUUGAGGCGAUUCCUGGGAGUUUCUACAGCGGGUUGAAAUCACCGAGUGCAAGAAUGAGAGGAAUUUCGCUGGCGUUGAUCAACGAGGCCGUCAUGUUCCGAGAAAACGACCGAAGCGAGUACACUCCACAUCUGAUGUACAUCUACAAAAAGGAACGUAAUGCAACAACGUACUUGGAAGUGGCAGUGUACGAUGUCAGCUACUCGGCUUUUCGAACCUGGCAAGUGUUCGAACGUGAAAUCGAUUUGAACCAGCUGCUGGGUCCGAAGUGCUGUUGUCUGAAAGAAGGCCUAAGCAUAGCUGUGUCCCCAUCGAAAGAGCAGAUCAUUCUAUACGGCUUUGGCCCCGGUGAAUGUAACAGCCUUUUGUUAGUGUACGGGAACAGAAAAGCGAGAGUUCUGAAAACACAUCACGCCCAGGCUAGUCCUCCUGUUGGUGAGUUAGGAAUGGCUCUUGCCACCAUUCCUGCACGGAGUGUUGACGGAGGAAACACUUCAAGUUCGGCCUACUACCUCCUGUCAAUUGGCGGCUGUGCAUGGCAGCAUUGUCAUUACCGAUACAGCAUAAGCAGGAACUAUCAAAAUCUGGCCUCCAAUACUGUGCAUCGCUUACUCAUGCAAGACAAUCCUGGUGUUGCCGCACAGUGGGAGUUUGUCGACCUGAUUGGACCAAAGAGGCCCAGCCCUCAAGCGUUUGCCAGCCUAUUUGCCGAAAGUGACACAACUCUACUGUAUGUUGGCGGCUGGAAGUCACUGGGAACAAAUGCAAGUAGUACGGCCGGAUCGACAGUGAGAACUGUUGAAAUGGACAUCUGGAGAUUUGAUCUGGUGUCUCAGACCUGGAUUGAGCUUGAGAACACCAACAGCAUCUACAUAUAUGAUAAUCGACGCAAGUCAAUGUUUCAAAAUCCUUCAUGGACAUGCCCUUUUUCGACUAUGACUAAGGUGUCCUACAUAGCAUCGCAGAGGAAGCUGCUCAUUCAAGAUGUUGCCUGCAGCAACAGUCCCUGCCCAUUGAUCUUGUGUGACAUUAGAGAAAGGCUUGCUCACUGUACGGAGCCAAUUGCUUCUACAUACUCUGCUUCACUGCUGCACACAACUUGUGCAAAGGACUUUUUCCUUUCGUCAGGAAUGGCGUCGUUCUUUUUCGCAUCGCCGGACGGGAAAAACAUGAUCGAAGCCAACGCAUAUAGCAUCACCCCCGCCCAGGGCAACAGUGCUAAGCAUCGAAUUGAACUCCACAAGGUGGAGAUCACAACAAAAUUCCCUGGCUUCACAUUUGCAGGCACUAAGACCACGUCCCCGGCCAUCAAAGUUCCGAUUGGUUCCAAGCCGGGUGAGGUGCAGUACGUGUUCUUUGGAGCAGACAGUUCUUUGGUACUCCAGAUCAAAUUUCUUCAUGAACGGUCGCCUGAGUACACUUUUGUCAUGCCUGUAUGGAUGCUGCGUGCUAGUACCGGCAACAACAAUCUUUCACCUUUCUACUACACUCUGCUCUAUCCCAAACCCGGGCCAGCUCAUCCUCACAGGAUGUAUCACAGUAUAACCUUGGUUACUGCAAAUACGGCCAUCAUGUACGGGGGUUAUGACCCCAGCGAAAGGAUCAUCGACCCAUUUCCUUGGUGCUUCAACGUUCGGCGACAUUUUUGGACUAAGGCCAGCAUCACGCGCGGCACCAUUCCGCCCACAAGGGGACAGCAUGUGUCAUUCCGAUACAAUGCCAGUGCAGUGGUGGUACAUGGUGGAAAGGGCUUAUCAGUACACUGGGACAGAGCGGUACUAGGUGAUUUGUGGAUGUUCGUCCUUGAUGACGAAGACCGCUGCCAAGGUCGAUGGCAUAAUCUCACAGACCAUAUCAAUAAGGGACAACUUCCAAUCCAAUACGGCCACACUGCGACACCUACAGAUCGUGGAGCAGUAAUUCUAUAUGGCGGACGGAUGCCAGGCCCUUCCCAACUUACUCUCAUCACCAUACAAUCACCAAGCGAGGUUUUCAUCCAUGAUAUUGCAUUCAGUCCCAGUAUCCCAAAUCGUUACCAUCACAGCCUAUCCUUCAGUGACACCGAUCUUAUUCUCAUGGGUGGUGAAGAAAUAAACUCGGAUGGUCGGAAAUUGGCUAAUGUCGACUGGGCAUUACUCAUUUACUUCAAGACAAGGUCAACUGUCACAGUUGCUACCUGGACAAGAUUCUUCAAAACUGAUAUUGGGGCUCACACUGCAGUAGGAUCAAUGAUGUUUGGAGGCACGGACGAUAAUAGGAUAGAGAAACACUUCAGCAUUCUCGACACAACUGGCCUGUGCCCUGUUGGACACGAACGAGGUUUUAACAACACAUGCCGGCCAUGUCCCAUUGAGUAUUAUUCAGCUACUAUUCAGCAGCAGUGUAUCAAGUGCAACCAAUCACUGACCACCGCCAGUGUGGCAGCCACGCACUGCGUCCCUGAGAAUCCAUGCAAGCCGCACACUUGCAACCAGCACGGCAAGUGUAUCGUCAACGAUGCCAACUUCAAGCACUACUGCGUUUGUCGCUUUGGCUAUCUUAGCAGUGACGACUGUAAAACGCCCUCUGUCUACCUGGCCCUGAUGGCAGCUCUUGUCUUUGCGGUCACUCUGACAACUCUCACCAUUGCUCUCAUUCAGUUCCUGAAAAAACGCAAAGCCCUACAUGACAAGGAGAUUGAACUGGUGAACACAAAUCGUGAUCUCUAUCGCUCCAAAAGAAAACUCAGUCAAAUCGACCAUGGAGCACGCAUUGCCUGGUGUGAUCUGAGGAUCAAAAAGCAACUCGCCACUGGACGAUUCUGCAAGGUUUUGCUGGCCGAGUUAGGAGAUAUGACAGUCAUUGUCAAACAACUUCCACCAUUUGUCACCACAUCAUCACCGUACGAUGCUUUCAUUCAGGAAGCUGAAGUUCUUCGAACGCUGCGCCAUCCCAACAUUGUCAUGUUCAUGGGAGCCGGAAAGGACCGAACAUCAGGUCGACCAUUUCUAGUGAUGGAACACUUGAGGAGAGGCUCGCUCCACGAUGUUCUCCAUGACCACUCAAACAACAUUGAGCACGCAGAUCGACUCCGCUUUUCUCUGGACGCUGCAAGAGGCGUGAAGUAUCUUCACAGUACACGUCCGCCCAGGAUUCACCGCGACAUCAAGUCAGCCAACAUGCUGGUCAGUGACAAGUGGGUGGUGAAAAUAGCCGACAUGGAGACUACGAGAUUUCUAGCAAUCUUACGGGCCAGCACGUCAAACGAGGCAAUGGCGGCACAGCAACCCGAUGCUAAGAGAGAAGUGGAUGGCGCCCGUACAACAUCCUUCACGAGCCCGGCUCAAUCUGACCAGCUGACAACACCUCUGCUGGAAAAUAUACCUAGUACUACUACUGCUGCUAAUGAUGAUGAUGAUGACGGCGGUCAUGCUACUAACCACGGCAAUGAUGCUGCUGGAGAUAUGGAAGGUAUGACAUCGCGCAUCGGAAUGACGUGUGGCGUGGGCACUGAUCGCUGGAGAUCCCCCGAAUCUAUCAAGAAGAAUAUCUACACGGAGAAACACGAUGUCUAUAGCUAUGGUGUGGUGAUGUGGGAACUGUGCACUCGCCAAAUACCCUAUGCACAUCUUCACAACUCGGAUGACAUCCUUGAUGAAAUUGCCAGCGACAGUAAACUGAUCUUCCCGCCGAACAUCCGCUAUCCAUAUCGUCAUCUUGCAGAGCAAUGCACGAAGAGCGAUCCUCAAGAGCGACCGUCGAUGCACCGUAUCGUGCAGGAGUUGACCUCACAGCUUGAUGCGACUUGAAUUUCAGAGUCCCAGCACCGCCGCCAGUACGUGGAUCUACACCUCAGUACGAGCACAAAGUCAUAACGUGUCAUACAUGCGUGGUCAGAACGUAAGCCCUGUUUCUGCAAUUUUCCCAUCUCCUCCUCUUUCCUAAUUUAGCAGUACUACAAGACAGUAAACACAUGAGUAUACACAUGAGUAUACACAUGAGUACACACAUGAGUACACACAUGAGUACACACAUGAGUACACACAUGAGUAUACACAUGAGUAUACACAUGAGUAUAGUAGUGCUAGUGCAGUCUAGUAGUGAUAAGCCUCAGCAUGCAUUGGCAUGAGAGCAUUGGCAUGCUUGAGCAGCACAAUACAAUGUAGUACAAUGUCAUGUAGCAAUGUCAUGUGAUUGUUUUUGCUCUGCGUGCUCCAAUGGCAGUGGGGGACUGUGCACAUGCACAUGAUGUGUCCAUCCAGUUGUACUCAUUAACUCAUGCUAUAGCACAUCGCGGGUUCUCCUGUGACUGUCCCAUGAGUGUAUUUCAAACCCGGUCUGAUUGAUUUGCUACAAAGCCAUGCUACACUGCCACACGCUCACUGCGAUUGCAUGUCCCCUCUUUCCGCCAACAAUUACGUGCAGCCAGAUUUCAGUGUCAACAUGCCAUUGAACCGCAUUCUCUCAGAAUCGCCAUGUUUCUGCACGUGUGAAGCAUUCUCCUCUGCAGUCCAGGCAUAAUUUGUUUGCACCCACCGCAAUGGAAGGCUGGUCAUAAUAACUUUUCUGCAUAAUAUGUUACCUUUAAAUUAAU